AUGGUAAUGGCAAUUGCGUUAUUGCCAAACCAAAAGCUGGAUGAAGGUUUUGAUGAAAUAAGAAGGAUGUACCGUACGGAAAUUCAAAACUAUAUUGGACAAAACGAAAAUGAAAACAUACAUAAAUUCCUGGAGUAUUAUCGAAGAACAUGGUUGACAGGUAUUUUUGCUGAGAUGCUGUCAGUAAGCCAUCAAAACAGACGAACUAACAAUGUUUUAGAAAUCAGCCAUAGGAAUCUAAUGACGAACAUGCAAAAUCCUAAUCCAAGCCCAUGGUUAUUUUUAGAAAACCUUAUUACUCACGUUCAUGGAAUCAUGAACGAUUACCGGUUGGCAGUAGAUGGCAUAGAAGUCCGGCAACCUAGGCCACGUGCGAGCAUCGAACAGGACAAAAAAAUAACCUUGGGCCUAACAAAACUCGUACAGAAUCGUUUUAGUGUAGCAGAGUUCUUGGGUUACACUAAACAUGUAACGCCAAAUUUUGGAGUAGAGCGCCCUAAUGUUCACAAUGAAGAGUUACGAGCACAGACUGCUCAACCAAUCAUCGAACCAGUUUUGAAUAAUAUGAUGGACAACAUUGAGUUACGAGCACAGACUGUUCAACCAAUCAUCGAACCAGUUUUGAAUAAUAUGAUGGACAACAUUGAGUUACGAGCACAGACUGCUCAACCAAUCAUCGAACCAGUUUUGAAUAAUAUGAUGGACAACAUUGAGUUACGAGCACAGACUGUUCAACCAAUCAUCGAACCAGUUUUGAAUAAUAUGAUGGACAACAUUGAGUUACGAGCACAGACUGCUCAACCAAUCAUCGAACCAGUUUUGAAUAAUAUGAUGGACAACAUUGAACCAAGAGAUCGUGUGAUACUUGGAUAUGAGUCACCACCAGCAUUCUUCCAGGGAGUUCUGAGGCAUUACAACCUGCCUUUAUUAUUACCAUUGCCCAUUUAUGAAGAACAAGAUGUGAUGCCAUAUGAUGUUUUGCAUGAGUUUCAGGAACAUAAUGAUAAAGAGCUAGAUAAUGAAAUUGUACCAUACGUGGUUGACAAUAUUGAACCAUUGGUAUGGCCGACAUUCGAAUUUGAGCCACAGCAUCAAAUAAUAAAUCCAAUUAACGAUUUUCCUCACAUAAAUAUAAGAAGAUCAAAUGAUGAAGUUGAAAACAUGAGAGAAAUUGUGGUGUGUGUGGCAUGCAUGAGUACUGGAUCAAAUAUUGUACUAAGGCCAUGCAACCAUGUCUGCUUGUGUGGUGAAUGUUUCGAAGGAUUGGAUAGAUUGGUUUGUCCACUUUGCCGAGCAGUAAUUACAGAAAUUGUCGUUAUUUUAGAGUAA